GAGAGACAAGACGGCGAGAGGGGAAGGUGGAAGAACUGGCUAUCCAAACUCAAAAACAAAGGGAAGAAAUGGUGGGUUUCAUGGAAAAGAACAAACAAAAGCAGAACGAACUGGAACUCAUGAAUGACAAGAUUGAAAGAGAGAAACAAGACAUCGAAGAAAGUCGGGAUGUGCUAACAAAGGAGAGAGAGGAGCUGGAACAAAUGAGGAAUGAGACACAGCAACAGAGAGAGGAGACAGAAUCUCACAUGGAAGACCAAAGGAAAGAGAAAGAACAUUUGGAACAAAUGACGAUGGACAUGAAAAAACAGUUGCUAGAGGUGGAUAAUGACAAGGAAAUGAUAGAAAYCUCAAUGGGUGAACUGAGAGUGAAAGAGGCAGAAAUGGUGAGAGAAAAGGAGAACAUGGAAAAGAAGAUGGCUAGACUCYAAGAGGAAGAGGAUKGAAUGCGGGAAGAAAUAGGAAGGAAGAUGGACAACUUAAAGCAGGACAGUUAUGAAAUCAAAAGACUUAGYGAUGAAAUUGACAGUGAAAAGYACCAYSUGAAUGRAAAAUUGCUUGAGUUGGAAAAAAUGRGUGAAGAACUAGAUAGAGAGAAGAAGGAAGUGAAAGACAGGAAGGAUGAAACACUGAAAGAAAAAGAUCAGUUGGAAGAGAGGCGAGGUAAGAUAAGUAAGGAGAAAGAGGAAUUGGAUAUCAGUCUUGAACUGAUGAAAAGACAYAGGGAAGACUUGACGAGCUUGAAGGCUGAAGCAGAAGCACAGACCGAGCCUAUGGAAAAUGACUGGAAGGAACAGCUCACYAAGGAAAGACAACAACUUGAAGAUGUAAAYGAGGAGAUACAGAAGGAAAAAGAAGCCUUUGAMAGAAAAAAGGGAUUGACUAUGAAAGAGAGAGAUGAGUUUGAUCUGAUGAAGUCUGAAACCCAGGGACUAAUGGAGGAAAUGGAACAAAUCCAGAAGGAAAGGGAGGAAAUGAAAAGUGUUAUUGAGGAUAUCAAGAGAACAAAAGCUAAUCAGGAAGUGAUGAAAACUGAGAUUGUGACAAAGAAACGAGAAACAGAAAAUAUAAUGGAAAUGAUUUUAAAAGAGAAAGACAACAUGGAGAAAAUGAAGAUUGAAAUGGAAAGAGAGAGGGAAGAAAUUGAUAUCACCAAGGGCAAGAUGGUGACGGAGAUGGAUGAGCUGGAACAGCGAAAAGCUGAGAUCGAGAAUGGAAAAUAUGAAGCAGAAAUGUUGAUGGCUGAACUGAAAGACGAAGAGCAAAAUAUGAAGGAAGAAAUAUGCAAGAUGAAAGACAGUCUAGAGCAGAUCAAAGCUGAAAUACAACCACAGAGAGAAGACAUUGAAAGCAAGAUGGAGGAGCUGAAUGUCCAAAAGGCUGAGAUGGAAAAUGCUAUGACAGAUAUCGACAGACAAAAAGAGGAAAUGCAAUACCAACGACAGCAAAUUGAACAAGACAAACAAAAGAUGAUAAAGGAAAAGGGUGAUCUGGAAAUGAUUAAGAUGGAGAUAGAAACACGAUCAGAAAAUCUAGAAAACCUUUUUGAGAAAACAAAGAGGGAGAAAGAGGAUGCUGAGAUAAUGACUAUUCAAGUCCAGAAGGAAAGGAAGGAAAUUGAAAGUGUUGUCGAAGAGAACAACAAACGGACAGAGAAACUGGAAUUCAUGAAAACUGAGGUGGAUAAAGAGAAACUAGAAACAGAAAACAUCAAGGACAUGGUCACAAAGGAGAAGAUUGAACUGGAACAGAUCAAGAUGGAGUUAGAGACACGAUCUGAACAUCUAGACAACAUAAUGGACGAGACAAAGAGGGAGAAAGAGAUUGUUGAUGACAUGACUGUCCAAAUCCAGAAAGAAAAAGAGGACAUUGAAAACUUGAUAGUCAACAACAACAGACAGAGAGAGGAACUGGUAUUGAUGAAAGCUGAACUAGAGAAAGAGAAAUCAGAGACUGAAAAUGUCAAGGAUGUCCUAUCAAAGCAAAAGAAUGAUCUUAAACAAAUGAAGAUUGAGAUGGAGAGAGAGAGAGAGGAAAUGGAUAACACCAAGGACAAUAUUGCAGUUGAUAUGAAUGAGCUGGAACAGAGAAAAGCUGAGAUAGAGAAUAGAAAAGAUGAAGCAGAAUAUUGGAUGGCUGAACUGAAAGAGGAAGAGCAAAGAGUGAAGGAGGAAAUCUGCAAGAUGAAGGAGAACCUGGAACAGAUCCACACAGGAAUACAACCACAGAGAGAAGGCAUUGAAAGCAAGAUGGAGGAGCUGAAUGUAAAACAGGCCGAGAUGGAUAAGGCUAUGACAGAUAUCAACAGAAAUAAGGAGGAAAUGCAAAAUCAACGGGAAGAAAUACAACAAGACAAACAAAAGAUGCAAGAUGAAAAGGAUGAACUGGAACAGAUCAAGAUGGAGUUACAAACACGAUCAGACAAUCUGGAAAACCUCAUUGAGGAGACAAUGAGGAAGAAGGAGAACAUUGAACGUACGGCUUUCCAGAUUCAGGAGGAACGGGAGGAAGUCGAAAGUAUUGUUGAGGAUAUCAAGACAAGGAAAGCUGAUCUGGAAUUGAUGAAAGCAACGGCUGACGGAGAGAAGGAAGAAACAGAAAACGUCAAGGAAAUGAUCUCCAAGGAAAAAGACAAACUAAAACAAAUGGCGAUUGAGAUUGAAAGAGAGAAGGAAGAAAUUGAUAUCGCCAAGGGCAAGAUUGAAAUGGAUAUGGAUGAGCUGGAAAAUAGAAGGGCUGAGGUAGAGAAUGGAAAAUAUCAAUCUGAAAAACUGAUUGCUGAAUUGAAGGAGGAAGACCAAAGAAUGAGGGAGGAUAUCAGGAAGAUGAAAGAAAACCUAGAUACUGAAAUACAGCUGAAGAGAGAUGAUAUUGAAAGUAAAAUGGAAGAGUUGGAUGUCAAAAAGAGAGAGCUGGAAAACWUGUUGACCGAUAUUUACAGAGAAAAGGAGGAAAUACAAAACCAGAGAAAGGAAAUAGAAGAAGACAAACAAAAUAUACAAGAUGAAAAGGAUGGGCUGGAACAGAUGAAGGCUGAUUUACAGAUGAAGAGCAAAAAGGAGAAUGUUGAGGGCAUGGCUGUCCAAUUCCAGAAGGAAAAGGAGGAAAUUCAAAGCGUCAUGGUAGAACCCGAGAUAAGAAGACACGUACUGGAAUUUACAAAAGUGGAGGUAGAGAAGGAAGAAACAGAGAAUAUCAAGGACAUUGUAUUAAAGGAUCAAAAAUAUCUGGAACAAAUGAAGAUGGAGAUGGCAAGAGAAAGAGAAGAAAUUGAUAAUACCAAGAUCAAGAUAGCAAUCGAUAUGGAAAGGCUGGAAGCGACAAAGGUCGAAAUAGAGAGAAAACUGACAGGAGAACAACAACAAAUGAGGGAGGAUAUCAAGAAGACGAAAAGCAAUCUGGAGCAGAUUGAUGCUGAAAUGCAGCUGAAGAGAGAGGACAUUGAAAGUAAAACGGGAGAGCUGAAUGUCAAAAAGAAAGAGUUGGAGGACACCAUGACAAGUGUCAACAGACAGAAAGAGUACAUGCAAAACAAGAGGGAGGAAAUAGAACAAGAGCAACAAAAGAUGCAGGAUGAAAAGUAUGAGCUGAAACAGAUUAAGAUGGAGUUACAGAAACGAUCAAAAACUCUAGACAAUCUCAUUGAGGAGACAAAGAUGGAGAAGGAGACUAUUGAGGACAUGACUGUCCAAACCCAGAAGAAAAGGGAGGAAAUUAAAAGUGUCAUUGAGGAUAUCAAGACAAAGAAAGACGAAUUGAAAUUAGUUAAAGCUGAGAUAGAGAAAGGAAAAGAAGAAACACAAAACAUCAAGGACAUGGUAUCAAGCGAGAAAAACAAUCUGAAACAAAUUAGGCUUGAAUUAGAAAGAGAGAGAGAGAAAAUGGAUCAAAGCAAGGGAACAUUAGAAACAGAUAUUGGUCAGCUAGAACGAAGAAAGUUUGAGGAUGAACAGUUGAUUUAUGAAUUGAAAGAAGAAGAGCAAAGAAUGAGGGAGGAUAUCGAGAAGAUGAAAGACAACCAAGAGCGGAUCAAUGCUGAAAUGCAAUUACAGCGAGAGGACAUUGCAGCCCAAAUGGAGGAGUUAAAUGUCAAAAAAGCAGACGUGGAAAACAUCCAAGCUGAUCUCGACAGACAGAGAGUAGAACAUGAUGAGAUGAGAAAAUAUAUAUUUGUGGAAAAGAAUCAACUGGACGAGAAGAAUGCUGCCUUGCAAAAACAAAGGGAGGAGAUGGAUAAAAUCACGGAACCAACAGCUGUGAUAAAGGCUGAAGUACAAACACAGACAGAGCCCAUGGAAGACAGCUUGCAGGAACAGCUCAAAAGGGACAUGGAAGAAGUUGAAGGUCAUGACAUAGAUCAAGAGGACCUGGAACAAACCAACAGGUUGACAAUGACAGAGAGGGAUGAGUUGGAAUCCAUGAAGUCUGAAAUAGGAAAACAAAGACAGGAAAUAGAGGAGAACAAACAAAAGAUACAGGAUGAGAUGGAUGAGAUUGAGAAGAUCAAAAAUGAUUUACAGAAACGGUCAGAGAAUCUAGACAACCUCGUGGAAGAGACAAAGAGGGAAAAGGAGAAUGUUAAGGACAGGGCUGUUCAAAUUCAGAAGGACCAGGAGGACAUUGAGCAUGUUAUUGAGGAUAGCAAGACAAAGAACGCUGAACUGGAAAUGUUGAAAGCUGAGAUAAAGACAGAGAAACAAGAAACUUUCAACCUGAAGGACAUGAUAACAAAGGAGAAACGUGACUUGGAACAAAUUAAGAUGAAGAUGGAAAAAGAAAUACAAGAACUGGAUAACACCAAGGACAUGAUAGAAAUUGAUAUUAGUCAGCUGGAACAAAGAAGGGUUGAGUUAGAAGGAGAAGAAGAUGGAGCAAAAAAUCUGAUGGCUUCACUGAAAGAGGAAGAGCAGAGUAUGAAAGAGAGUAUUGGGAAGAUGAAAGAAAAUUUUGAGCAGAUUAAUGCUGAAAUACAACUACAGAGAGAUGACAUUGCAACACAAAUGGAAGAGUUAAAUGUCAAAAAAGAAGAGUUGGAAAACAUUCAAAUGGACAUCGACAGACAAAAAGAACAGAUGGACAAAACACAAAAUGCUAUAAUCAUGGAAAAGAAUGAACUGGAAGAGAAGCUUGCUGACAUGCAAAAACAAACGGAGGAGGUGGAAGCCAUCAUUGAAAUGACAAAGAGGGAGAAAGAGGAUGUGAUGAGGAUAAAGGCUGAAAUAGACGAACAGAAAGAUCAAAUGGAAGACAACCUGAUGGAAACUCUGAAACACGACAGAGAAGAACUUGAACGCCUGAAAGAAAGACAAAAGAAUGAACUGGAAGAGAAGCUUGCUGWCAUGCAAAAACAAACGGAGGAGGUGGAAGCCAUCAUUGAAAUGACAAAGAGGGAGAAGGAGGAUGUGAUGAGGAUAAAGGCUGAAAUAGACGAACAGAAAGAUCAAAUGGAAGACAACCUGAUGGAAACUCUGAAACACGACAGAGAAGAACUUGAACGCCUGAAAGAAACAGAAAGAAAGGAGGAAACUAAGGGCAUAAAAGAGAAGACAGAGAGGGAGAAGGAUGGGUUAGAACGGGUUAACACAGAGUCCCAGAGAGUGUUGGAAGAUCUGGAGAACGUUGUGGAGGAAACCAUGGAGAAAGAGGGUACAGAGGAAAUGGCUAUCCAAAUACAAAAGCUAAUGGAGGACAAUGUGAGAAUCAUUGAGGAGAUGGAGCAAAAGAAGGCAUAUUUAGAGCUGAUGAAUGUUAAGAUGCAAAGUGAGAGAGAAGAAAUAGACUCGAACAAGGCCAUGAUUGAAAGGGAGAAGGAUGACCUGCAACAAAUGAAGUCUAAGAUUACACAGCAAAGAUGCGAAAUUGAACAAAUUACAACCGUCUUAAAGGAUGAGAAGGACACUCUUGAGCAAUUUAAGACUGAUAUGGAAAGACAGAGACAAGAGACGAUGAACAAUAUGGACUUGGUGGAAAGAGAGAGAGAUGAACUGGAAAAGACAAGGUCUGAGAUGGAUGAGUUGGAACACAUGACAGCUGAAAUAGAAGGACCGAAGGAGGAAAUUGACAAAAGAAAGGGUGCAGCAAUGAUGGAGGUGCCUCCGCUGGAGGAAAGAGAGGACAGAGUUCGGAAACAGAGGGAUGAAGUUGUCUUCAUCUCAGAUACAACACAGACAGAAAAAAUAAAGGAUGAACGCGAACAAAGCAAGGUUGAGACACUUCAGACAGAGGAAGAAACGAUGGACUCAGUCAAGAAGGACAGAGAUGAUCUAGAACAAAUGAGAGCUGACAUACAAAAACACAUGGAAGACAGAAAUAAAAACAAGAACGUGACAGAUUGGGGGAAGUAUGAGUUGGAGCAAAGACUGUUACUACUAAACCAGCAUGAGGAGGAAAUAGAAGGCUUGAGGCAAAAGUUACAGAAGGAGAGAGAAGAGCUGGACGAGAUUAUGAAUGACAUACAAAACAAGCAUGACAUGUUAAAGAGUGAAAGGGAUCAAUUGGAAAAGAUAAGGGUUGAGAUCCAGAGAGAAAAGGAUACAGAAGGUUACUGGAUUACUCAACAUAAAGAAGAGGAGGGGAGGAAAAUGGAACACCUGGAGCGGCCUUUGGCAGAGACAGACACUCUUAGCUCAGGAGCAGACAAUAUAAUGGCAGUAGGCAGUAGAGAGAUGGACAAGAAGAAAGAAAUAACACAUACAGCAGAGACAAAACAAGAAAGUGGAGACAUGGAGGAAGUCAAACUGGUAAAGCAGGAAACAGAAAAAGAUGUAAGCAAAACUGAGCAUAAAGACAAAAGGAGCUAUAUGAAUGCUGUGACACAAACGCAAGACAUUGAGGAAGUAGGACAGCUGAAGAAUGAGGAUGAGAAGCGUGAGCUUGCACUACUGAUGGUUGAAAUAGACAAACAGAGAAAAGAGAUUGAAAACAACAUGGUGGAAAUAGAGAGACAGAAGAAGGAGCUGCAACAGAUCAGAGCUGAGAUACAGACAGCCAAAAAAGAACUGGUGGAGACUGAGAUGCGCGAACAGAUCAAAGAUUCCACUGAGAUCCAGAGACAGGUCGAAGAUUCCACUGAGAUCCAGAGACAGGUCGAAGAUUCCACUGAGAUCCAGAGACAGGUCGAAGAUUCCACUGACAUCCAGAGACAGGUCGAAGAUUCCACUGAGAUCCAGAGACAGGUCGAAGAUUCCACUGAGAUCCAGAGACAGGUCGAAGAUUCCACUGAGAUCCAGAGACAGAUCGAAGAUUCCACUCAACUCAGAGAAGAAACUGAGAACAACCUCGGACAGAAGACAACUACAGCGCGAGUGGAGUUGGAUCUGACAACAGAUGAAAGGCUCCCAAAGAGAGAUCAUUUGGAGAAAAUCCGUCAAGAGGCUCAUGCAGAAAAGGAGGAGAUUGAGAAGAUUAAGCACAGAGUUCAUGAGAUGAAAGAUCAUCUAGAGGAAAGACUAGCAGUGAUUCAGAGACAUGAGUUGGUACAGAGAACAAGGAUACAAAGAGAGAAGGAAGAGCUAAAGAAGAUGAAGGACGAGUUGGAGAGAGACAGCCAAGUUCGGCAAAGAGAGUGGGACAGAGGCAGGAGGAAACUUCAGGAGAAGGACCAGGAGCUUGAGAUGCUAAAAGUGGAGAUGUUCCGAGAGAUCGAGAGACUGCAGGUUAAUAUGGAAAAAGAGAUGGAAACACUCAAGACAAGUGACAAAGGUAUCCAAACCUCAGACGUGGUAUUAACCACAGAAGAAGAGAGAAUGUGGUUGAUGGAGGAAUCAACAACGGAGGAGUACAGUAUGCUGGCAGAAAUAAGUCAACAAACAGAGCAAACCACAGUGGAUAUGACAUUCGCCAGUUCCUCACUGGAGCUCCAGGGUCAAUCAGAGGAGCKCACGGUGAUAGAGGAUGCUCAGAUGAGCGUAGUAGGAGCAGAAGCUUCUCCAUUCAGCAGGUUGCUACGGUGGCUUUGGCGCUACUGCUGUGGCUGCUGCCGCUGUUGUGACUGCUGCGGAAGGGAGUGUGAAGAAGAGGAGGAGAACAUAGUAUAGUCCCAACUCUUAAGUCAGCAAAAUUGUGCUUCAAUAGAAGCUUAGAGAGAGUACAUGAAGUUGAACAACUUUAAUUCAAUGUGUAUUUAUUUUUUCAUAGCUUUUCCAAAGAAUUGCAUUUAGUGUGCGAUGGUAUCGCCAACCUUCACAACAAUAUCAGUAUAUGGCUAAAUUGCGGCGUUGUAAGUGUCGUGCAGUAUUGCAGUGCUAUGUAUUUACAAUUAUGAUGAACUAAGUUUGCACUGAAUAUUAGAUCUAGAGAGAGCAAAAUGUACCUUUUAUUUAUUUAUUAUAUUUUAUAACGAAAUAUGUAUUUAUUAUAUCUUUUUACAGCUUUUGUUGAAGGUGCACUGGAU